AUGGUCGAGGCAGAAUUGCUCGCGCAGACAAUCCAGGGGAAGGGGUGGGGCAACCGCUUCUUUCUUGCGGCGCCCUAUGAGGAGAAGCUUAAGGGAAAGCUGGACAGUCUGAAGGAAGUGAGAGCCAAGCUUGGGCUGGAAGCAGCCUGGGCCAGUGUUGAGAAGUUGGACCAGGUGCUGGAGCUGUUGCAGUCAAGCAGACCGGAGGCGAUCAUAGGCAAGCACAAUGUGCCGGAGGUGGACCCUCUCUUCGGGGGGCGGGAGGAGAUCCUGGAGCGGAUGUAUGAUGCGCUGGUGGGGGGGUGCAGGGACCAGGCGGCGGGGGCUCGGACCAUUGUGUGCCUCUGGGGGAUCAGGGGCAUUGGUAAGACGCAGCUAGCGCGCAAGUACUGCCAUGCAAACCUUAGCCGGUAUGGGAGGGUCCUGUGGAUCGACGUGCAAGGCAAAGGGGCGCAGGAGGGCUAUGCGGAUCUGGGGGGGGAUGUCCUAGGGUUGACUCGAGCCCCCGGUGAGCAGCUUGGGGAGUACGUGAAGCGGGUCCGGCUGACGGUGCAGAACCUGACGGAGCCCUUCCUUGUGGUCUUUGACGGGGCCAACGGGGAAGCUGUGAAAGAGUUGCAAGAGUUGCUGCCAGGAGAGGGCCAAGCGUGCCAUGUGCUUGUGACGACCACGGACGAUUGGGCCCUGCGGCAGCAUGGGGCCAUGCCGCUUGCAGUAGAAAGUCUCGGGCAGAACGAAGCGCGGGCGCUGUUGAAGAAGGGUCUGAAUUUUGAGAAAGAGGUGCUGAUUGGGGAGACUUCAAAGAAGCUUAAUGAGCUGGCGAAGCGGCUCGGAUACCUGACAAUCGCUCUGGCCGGAGCGGUUCCCCUGCUGAUAGAGCGGCGGAAAGAGGGUGAUCCCGUGGGAUUGCUUCUAGCAGAGCUUGAGGGGCUUGACGGUGUGGAGCCAGCAAACACGCUGUUUGAGCUCAGUCUCCAUAGCCUGGGGCACUCCAUCACCGGCGAGGGCGGAUCUCCGGACGUGGUGUGCAGCUUUGCCACCUCCAUUGCCAUGGUGGCCGGGUGGUUCGGGGAGGGGCCUGUCAGCACCGAGCUCCUGCUGAAAGCUUCGAAAAGGUACCAUGAUGCAGUACAUGGGGAUGCCGACGUCAGCCUUUGGGAGAAUGGGGCACUGACGCGCAAGGCCCUUCUCCGAGUCGGCCACUACUUGCCUGCGCAAUUGGCAGCAGGGUCUGGAACACCAACACAGGACGACACGACUCCUCACGAAGGACGCCCUACCCUGACGUUCCACGUGCUCUUCCUCGAGUACGUGAGGCGCCAGGAAGGAGGGGACACGGCCAGAGCGGCGACUUUGGCUACGGUUGCGGACAUGGAUUGUGAUGCGGGGACGGUGCAGCAGUUCAAGGGGGUUUGGGACGUGGUGGUCGUGGUUCUCGGCGCGCUCGACCUUUCGGACUUGGAGAAAGUUCGUGAGAUUGGGAGCGAAUAUGAAACCUACCUCCGAACCAAUGGUGGGGAUUACAAGACGGCAAAAGCGGUGCUUGAGAGCGGUCUUGAGAUACUGGGGACGGGUCCGCGGGGUUGGAGGUGGAGGCUCGAUCUUGCAGAUGCCCUGGAUUCGUUGGGGGUUUACAAUCGUGCUGUGGAGAUUGUUGAGGCUGUGGUCAAGGAACUAGAGCGCAGAGACGCACCUCCUCCUCCUGUCAAAAGAGUCCGAAAGAACAGCUGCAAAUGGUGGCUUCCUUGCUUUAGUGGGCAGGGCGAGACCCCGGAUCUAGAAGCUGAUGACAAGCAUGACGCCGUGGUCUUUCAAGGAGGAGCAGACUUGGCAAACACUAGUCUGGAUCUGGCAGGAGCGUGGAAUGUGCAAGCGUCUAUCUACAACAGACAAGGGAGGCGUGCAGAAGCGCUUCUGCUGUACGAGCAAAGCCUGCGUGUCAAGGAGAAGGCUGUAGACCCGGACCACCUCGAUGUUGCCGCCACGCUGAACGACAUGGCAGGUGUACUCGUGAAGCAAGGCAGGUUAGGCGAGGCACUGCCACUGUACCAGCGGGCUCUUUCCAUCUUUGAGAAGGCUCAAGGACCGGAUCACCCCAGCGUGGCCACCACGUUGAACAACAUGGCGGGCCUGCUCUACUGUCAAGGCAAAUACGAUGAUGCGCUGCCGAUGUACCAGCGGAGCCUGCGCAUCGACGAGAAGGCUCUGGGCCCGGAGCACCCCGACGUGGCCGCCUCGUUGAACAACAUAGCGAUCCUGCUCACAAACCAGGGCAAACACGAGGAGGCGCUGCCGAUGUACCAGCGAAGCCUGCGCAUCGAGGAGAAGGCUUUGGGCCCGAAGCACCCCCACGUGGCCACCACGUUGCACAACAUGGCGAGCUUACUCAACGACCAAGGCAGAUACGAGGAGGCCCUUCCGCUAUAUGAAAGGGCGCUUGCAAUCGAAGAGAAGGCACUCGGUUCGGAACACCCUGAGGUAGCCACCACGUUGAACAACAUGGGGUCCGUGCUUUUCAACCAAGGCAGGUACGAGGAGGCGGUGCCACUGUACAAGAGGGCGCUCGAGAUCCGGAAGAAGGCGCUGGGCCUCGAGCAUCCCGACACAACGACCUCGAGGUCUAACUUGGAGGACGCCGAGCGAAAGUUGGCUGCGGUGCGCACGGACCAGGGGAUGGGGUCGUCGGUCCGCGAGGAUAUUGCGGAAAGCAACACUUCGAAUUCGGGGGCUCACGAGAACGUCGUUAGUCAGGAGCUUACUUUGAAUGAUCUUUGAGAGGCCUGUCGCGCCUCGAGUUGUGUAGUCAAAUGCAUCAAAGCCAGAUGCCUUACUGUUGCGCACCAUUUCCGAAGCCCACCCGAUCUGUGUACUCCGAGUCGUUUUGGUCGUGUAUACGAGGUUAACAGGAACUCGUGUUGAGCCUAGGAAGGAAGAAGGUGGCGAGAGUUUGGCGAAGCGAUUAAUUGAUUGACUGCUCCGCCGUUAUGAUUCUCAAAGGGUGCCACGUCUUGCGAACUGUUCUUAAACGUUCCCAAUCGACUUCGACAAUCAUGUGUAUAGUUUUGAACCCCA